AUGAGUAAGUUGGACUUGUCGGACGACGAUCUCUUUGAAAAUGAGACCCCGAGGGCGUCGGCCACCGGUUCGAGAAACGGCUCUGGCGUAAAUUCAAGACACCCUUCGUCAAACAACCCAUUCUUUAAUCCACAAAUACCGCCGAUCCCCAUGUAUGAAUACAACCACGGCCACGGGUAUCAGUCUAGUUCGGCAUACUCGACUGUGGUAGACGACGACCACGACUGGAUGGAAAAGGUUGAGGCACUUCCCAAGAGAUCAAAGACAGUAGCCUUCAGGGAAUCUGUUCCUGAGUUUCCUGCCCACGCCUACAGUCCUCGCAAGCACGGACCAUACGAUAUGGAGAGGGUGGAAACCUAUGAAUUGGAAGGUCCCCAGCAAUAUAUGCGUCCUUACUCUCUGGUAUUGGCAUAUACUGGAGAUGAUUAUGGAAUCAAUCCGCUUCAAGAUGCUGACGACGACGACGAUAUGGAUCCGUUUGGAGACGACGAGUCACUUUUCUCCGACACUGGCGAGGAAUUUGUAAGAAGAGGAACCACAACUAAGCGAAGUGGUACCCGCAAGAAGAGCAUGGACGCUGGCGAGUUUGACGAAGACGACUUCACUCCUCGGCUCAAUUACACCAAAACCAUAAAGCGGGCCAAGCUCGUCAAUGGAAACUACGUCAUAGAUGCCCCAGUCCCCCAAAGCUUUGUUGGAUACUCAUGGCAAGAAGCAUCAGUGAGGAAGGUCGAUGAGAUGUCCUUCAUGAGAUUACACCGCAGCUACCUGUGGACCUUCUCAACUUUCGGCGCCUUUCAACUAUAA